AUUGCGUAUGGUGACGCUUCCAAGGCGCGAGUUUAUUCUAGAAACAGCACACGACUGUUUACAGCUAAAGAGCGUUUCGUUCAGAACUCGGUCAGAACUCGUAUAAAUCAGCUGUUUGCAUAUUAAUAUAUUACAAUCCACCCGCUAGAACACUUAACGUGGAUUUUGAAGAAAUGAAUGCGACCGCGGAACUAGAAAUGAAAAGCAAAUCCAUUGUAGAUGUUGCGCACGACAACUUCACGCCAAGACAAGGGGGCGCGGCUGUAAGAAGAAGACCUGCAGAUCCCAGAUGUAACGUUAGGAGCGUCAAUUCAGGCUUUAAAUCUCCUGUCCAGAAGUCUAGUAUGGUGAAAUCUCCCCUGUGCCCUGAAGAGCUCAAGAAAACACUUGAUCGGCUGGAUUCAGAGAUCGCCUUGUUGGAAAAAGAAGGAUUUGUUGUACAAGAGCUGGAUCAGCACAUAGACCUGCUGCACGAAUACAAUGACAUCAAAGACAUCGGACAAACUUUACUGGGCACAUUAGACUCCCAGCAAGAUGAGUUUCUUGUCUGCUCUGGCCUCUCGGUGACUUCAGAUGGUCUGAGGGCCAGAGGGGGUCUGUGCCACAUCAUUCUCCCCCAUGUGACCACUGACAAAGACAACCGCCUCUCUGUGUCUCUCAGCUGGCCUGCGUGGAGUGACCACACGAGACUUGUACAGUCACUUUGGCCUUGAGUUGGAAGACUGACUGAGCUUCAGGAGAGGAGAUGGAAUAACUGGAAGGCUUCAUAAUACUGUUUGUGUUUUAUCUUUUUAUUUAUUGCAAUUACACUCGUUAGUAUUGUUUUCUUCAUGCUCUUGUGCUGAAUGAGUAAAAUUAAGAAGUGAAAUGAACGUGGUUAACUCUGGCAAACGAAUUCCAUGAUGCAUAUAAAGCUUCAAAGAAAUGGAAAUGCUUCUGUCAAUAUUGUGAGAAGAAUUGCCUCAGUGUUUUCCUCACAUUGCGUUUGCACCAAAUGAGAGGUGUUAUUGUGCAUGAGAGAGAAUGUCAUCUAAAUCUGGUGAAUUAAAGGACUAGUUUACCAAAAAAUUACACUUGUCAUCAUUUACAGUUUCAAACCUGUAGGACUUUCUUUCUCAGUGCUACUAAAAAUGAGAUGAAACUGAAUGUUCAGUGUUCACACAACUCAUAUUUGCACUUUUCACAAUAAGCUUUCAUUGUAUGAAAAACAUGAAAUUUU